AUGCCAAUGAAUUCCGAGACUUUAGUGAAGGCUCCUUCUUUGAAGGUACUCAAAGGGACGGCUACAUCCUAUCACUACUCCAAUCAGAUUCCAUUAUCAAUUUGGGUCCGUACAGCGUCGCGAAUCCUUAAGCAUGCGAACAGCUACGCUUCUAAAGACGUGCAAGAUCAAGCAUUUGUGUUAUAUACAAGAUUUAUAGAUUUGUUUGCCUAUAAUUUGUACAGGCACCCCGACUUAGUGCGAGCCAAAUCGGAUUAUCAAGCAAAUAAGAAGACAAAUGAAGCCAAGAUUUAUAGAGAAUACGUGCAGCUCAGGUCGAAGUUACCGCAGCUGAUGGAAGAGGCCGAGAAGCUAGGUUCGGCUUUGAAAUUGCGCUACAACGAAUAUCAAGAGAAGCUUAAGAGGGAGGAAACGACCCCAGAUCGGCAACGAUUGAUAGCAGCAGAGAGUCGACGACCGGAACCUCAGCUGAAAUCGGGCCGUGUGUUCAGCGAUAUUGAGCUUUCCAGAAAACUUGAACGUCUUUCAGAUACAUCUCAAUCGAGUGUUUCGGGGAAGAGAGUUUCCCAGUUGAAAUAUCCGGAAGUUCCUAGUACGAAGAGCUUUGAGGUGGCUAUAAGUGGACAUGAGAAUUCUAUACAGGUGGCACCGGUAGCAUCUCCUCUUACGCAUCCAGCCAUAAACUCAACCGAAGGACGAUCCCCCUUGCGAACGAUCUUUCUUCCAUCUGAACUGAUCAACAAUUUUCUCGAUAUUGCAUCGCAUAAUACCCAGCAGGGAAUGGAAACAUGCGGCUUACUAUGUGGUAAACUCAACAGAAACGCUUUCUUUGUCACUUACUUGGUGAUUCCUGAGCAAACAUCUACUCCAAACACCUGUAGUACUAAGAACGAAGAGCAUCUCUUCGAUGUGAUCGACCAACUCGAUUUGUUCAUACUAGGAUGGAUUCAUACGCAUCCUACACAGUCGUGUUUCUUAUCUUCUGUCGAUCUUCAUACCCAGAAUUCUUAUCAGAUCAUGCUCAACGAAGCUGUUGCUGUGGUAUGCUCACCUGGAGAGAGGUUCUCCAAGAAAUUGGGCAUUUUUAGACUCACAGACCCUCCAGGAAUAGCCACCAUAACUAGUUGUGGAAAAUCUGGAUUUCACCCACACCCAGAGAAGAACUUGUACGUAGAAUGCUACAGAAUCAGUAAGGAAAAUGCCAAAAGUGGACAUGUCGUGAUUAAAAAAGGUUUACCGUACCACUUAAAGGACUUGCGAUGA